CGCCUUCCUCGUUCUCUGGGCUCAGAAGGAGGCGCCGGUCGCUGAGGGAAGGAAAGCUCGAGCCUGGGCGGGAGAGGCAGGCUCAUCUCGCGCUUGUCUCUCCCUCUGUCGCGCGCCCACUGAACAGCCAGCCAUGGGCGCCUGGAGCCUCCGUCUGAGGUUGGGAACAACCCUGGUCCUCCUCGCCUUCCUUCUCCAGAGCUCUGCGGAGAAGCUGGGGGAUGGGUGUGGACCUAUGACCUUCUAUCAAGAUAGUGGAACUCUGGCAUCCAAGAACUAUCCUGGAACAUAUCCUAACCAUACCAUCUGUGAGAAGAAAAUUCAGGUGUCUCAGGGGAAACGGCUGAUCCUGAAAAUCGGAGAUUUGGACAUCGAAUCACAAAAAUGUGAAUCUAACUAUCUUAGCAUCCACAGCUCUACUACAGUGCAUGGACCAUACUGUGGAAAUGUACCUGUCCCAGAAGAAAUCAUCUUAGAUUCCAAUGAGGCAACUAUUCACUUUGAAAGCAGGUCUCAUGUCUCUGGGAGGGGCUUUCUCCUGUCUUUUGCUAGCAGUGAUCAUCCAGAUCUAAUCACAUGUUUAGACAGAGCAAAUCACUAUGUGGAAACGGAAUACAGCAGGUACUGUCCAGCUGGUUGCAGAGACAUAGCAGGUGAUAUUUCUGGAAAUAUAGUGGAAGGCUACAGAGAUACAUCUUUAUUGUGCAAAUCUGCUAUACAUGCCGGAGUAAUUGCCAAUGAAGUGGGUGGCCGGAUUAGUGUGAUUAAGAUGAAAGGAACACAGCGAUAUCAAGGAAUCCUGGCCAAUGACAUACUUUCACAGGAUGGUUCUCUAUCAGAUAAGCGGUUUAUUUUCAAUUCAAAUGGUUGCAAUAAAUCAUUGGGUCUAGAAGGAGGAGACACUUCAAAGGGUCACAUCACUUCGUCUUCAUUCUGGGAGGAAACCAAUGAAAUUGGAGAGGUGACUCAGUGGUCUCCUGAUAAGGCCUGGCUCAAAGUUCAAGGACCAUCCUGGGCCGCCAAUCAGAGCAACCAUCGCCAGUGGCUGGAAAUUGACUUGGGGGAGAGAACAAGAAUAACAGGAAUUAGAACUACAGGGUCCACUAUGCUGAAUUUUAACUAUUAUGUUAAGACCUUCAUUGUGAACUAUAAAAAUAACAACUCAAAAUGGAGGGUUUACAAAGGAAUCCUGAGCAAUGAAGAAAAGAUAUUCAAAGCUAAUUCAAAUCAUGGCAGUAUAGUACGGAAUAAUUUCAUUCCUCCCAUAGUCGCUCGAUAUGUGAAGAUUAUUCCCCAGAGCUGGCACAAAAGAAUUGCUCUGAAGGUGGAACUUCUUGGUUGUCGUAUUGCUCAAGUGAACAACUCCAUUAUUUAUCCAAUCUGGCAAAGACCAAGUCAAAGUACAGGUGUUUCAGUCAGAAAAGAAGACAAAACAAUUACAGAACCUCUGCCUCCAGAAGAAAAUAACCUAGGAGUGAAACUGACUGUUAUAAUUGUUCCAGUCUUAGUGGUGCUUUUUUUGUUCUUGAUAUCUGGAAUUUGUAUCUCUGCUGCCAUGCGAAAGAAAGGAAAGAAAGGUGUUGCAUAUGGUUCCUGCAGCACAGGGAAACCAGGUUUCUGGAAACAAAUCAAGCAUCCCUUUAUCAGACAUCCAUCUACUGAGUUCACCAUCAGUUAUAAUAAUGAAAAGGAAAUUCCUCAAAAGUUAGAUUUGGUCACAAGAGACGUGGCAGAUUAUCAGCAGCCUCUCAUGAUAGGAACUGGGACAGUAACUCGAAAGGGAUCCACCUUCAGACCAAUGGAUACAGAGGAUGAGAAGAAAGGUAGCAUAGAGACUGGGAACCACUAUCUCUGUCCACCAAGAGCCAAUCGUCAUGAUUAUGCCCUACCUUUAACCAGUCAAGAGCCUGAAUAUGCCACUCCUAUCAUAGAGCGGCAUAUAGGAAGAGAAAAUGCUCAGCCUUCAGAGAGCUGCUACAACAUUCCCACUGUUUCUGCAACUCAUAAAUACUCUGUUUCUGCAGGCAGCUUCCCUGCCUUGUGCAAGAGUGAUUCUGAAAGUGGAGACUAUCAGACACCCCAAAAUCAGAAGGAAUAUGAUAAGCCAAAAAAUAAUACUUUGCCCAUGGUGGACUAUAGCACUGGCUACCAGAAGCCCCAGACUGGUUCAGGGAUAUGUGAGGGCUAUUCAACACCCAGAUACUACCUGAAACCGAUAAACCAGACUGCAAUGACAGCUCUCCUAUAACCUAGAGACCAAAGAAGAACUUGGCUGCCCUUGUGGUCCAGACACUGGAAUGGACUUUCAUCAAAACUAUGCUUGCUUUUGUACAAGGAUGGUGACUAUCUGGUGGACAAAAGCUAGAGUCUACAGUUCAUCACUCAAGCCUUCCCAGAGAGGUCUACAAGAAGUCAGUUCUCUGUAGCUGUGAUAUUGGUGCUCAAAUCUAAUGUUGUGCAAUGUGUAUAUAUGUUUUUUAAUUUAAGAAAAGUAACUUAAAUGAUUCCAUUAUUUUGUUUUGUUUUGAUAUGUGUGUGUAUGUGUCCACACGCAUGUGUGUGUGUGUGUGUGUGAAGGAGGUGUAUUGAUGAGAUUAUUUCUGGGAAAAUGGAAUUUAGGGAAUGCAUAUUACACUAACCAGUGUUUUUGCCCCAAGCUUCUUCCUCAAGUGUCCUUUUCAUAAAAGGUCUUUAAAACUCAGUAUACAAAACUGCAGGUAAUCAGGGCUAAAAAAACAAAAAUAUUUCAUUCUGUGCUCCCACAGUACCAAUUGAGAGUUAACAAAAACUGGAUAUUAAUGUGUCUGAAGUUAUGUAAAUUAGGCAGUAACCUUUUCAUCUUUGGCUAAUGUUUUAUUAACCCACUUGCCAAGAGAUGGAUAAGACAUUGACCAAAUAUUAUUUUAUUCAUUAUCACUUCAGAGAAUUCAGCAGACACUAUUAAUACUCCUUCAAGCAUACCUAUGCAACCCUAAAACCAACUAUAAAGCAAUUUUUGCAACUGUAAAGAUGUAUUAGUUGUUCAUACCAAAAGGCAGCAUGGUGUAGUAGUUUGAUUAACCAGAAGUCCUGUUUUGGUGUAUGAUCUAGCAUAGAAUCUUCCAGUUUCUUCUUUUUUCUGCCUCUGUACUUGAAUAUAAGCUUGGAUAAGGGUUAUUUUGAUGGGUUUUCUCUAAAGUCUUAUUGAUACCAGACUUUGCAUUAUAUCCUUGGGCUGUUUUUGCUGCAUCUUUCCUUACUGUUCAUAUCUCUCAAUUUCUUCUUUGAUUUACAUUUCCUGAGUAAAACACAGUGUAAACUGACUCAUAAUAUCCCAUUCCUGUCCACUUCAGCUAACUCACCCCAUGUACUACAAUGUUUAUAUAUUUCUUUACUUAUUUUGUC